UCAACAUUAUGGGUAGAGGAAAGAUUGAGGUGAAGAGGAUUGAGAGCAACACUAGCAGGCAAGUCACCUUCUCAAAACGCCGUGCCGGGCUGCUCAAGAAGACUCAUGAACUCUCUGUGCUAUGCGACGCCCAGAUCGGUCUCAUCGUCUUCUCAAACAAAGGGAAGCUCUAUGAAUACUGUACUCAUCCCCUAAGCAUGGGGCAAAUUAUAGAGCGGUAUCUGACUGUUACAGGGACCCGAAUACCAGAGCGCGAUGACCGGGAACAAAUAUACAAUGAGUUUAUAAGAAUGAAGAAAGAAACUCAUAAUCUUCAAAUGAGCUUGCACCGCUACAAAGGUGAUGACUUGAGCUCUGCGCAAUACGAGGACUUGGCUGCGCUUGAACAGCAGCUUGAAUCCUCGGUUAUCAAAGUUCGAGCUCGGAAGUUUCAGCUGUUGCAGCAGCAACUGGACAAUCUAAAGAGGACUGAAGAAAUGCUGGAGAAAGAGAACCAAGAGAUGUACAGUUGGUUGAUGAGUAACCACAUUCAGAAGCAGCAAGAACAAGUGGACCAUCAUCAACAAGCCAUAACUGAACUGAAGCUAGUAGGGGGGCAGCAAGUGCUGGACCAGUACACUUUCUUUGGGGAGGAGCAGCCUAGUGACAUUCUUCAGCAUGCAAGUGUCCCUCCACAGCUGCAACCAUACCGUCUCCAGCCCACUCAGCCCAACCUUCAGGAGUCCAGUCUCCACGAGCGCAGCUAUAGUACAGAUGAGACCUUGAAUUUAACAAUGAUGUUCGCACCAAAUUCAUGUGGUCUUGAAUAG